AUGACGACGCUCGUCGAAUUCGUGCCAGAAGAAGAUACUCUUGCGGUGAUCACCAUCAAAGAAUCGCAAUCGGCGAGUCUUCGCACGACGAAUGCUAUUUUAUUAGCGCUUCUGCUCAUUGCUUCAUAUUUCCUCAAUAUCUUGUUUGUCGUCGCAGUACUGAUUACAAAAUCAUUCCGUACAUUGAUCAAUCUAAUGUACUGUCAUCUAAUCCUUGUGAAUCUGAUUGAUCUCUCAUUUAACGUCUUGUUUGCUCUUCUCUAUGUUGCAAAUGGAAAUUGGAAUAUGAGCGAUGGUUGGUGCAAGUUCAACGUUGGGGUUCAAAUGUUUGUCCACACUCACACCUUAUUUGUGCUGAUGUUGAUUGGAGUAGAAAGAGCUAUCGGAAUGUCGUUCGGCUGGCCUUAUAUCCCUAAUGCUGAUAGAGCUGUCAGUACGGUAAAAAUGUUCAUUAUCAAUCUGGUUAUCGCGUUUUUCUCAUUUGUUUCGGCUUCAAUUCUCUUCAUGAAAAAUAUUCCAGUCAAACCAUUCCGCAAUCGAUAUGUAUGCGGAAUCGAUAGUGGCGGCUCGCUAAGCUACGCUGUAUUCAAAAUCGCAACCUAUGUUUUUGCUCUAAGUAUUUUGUUUAUGUGCAUUGGCACAAUUCUCAAAAAGCGGACGGCGGCUUCAUUGCCCCAAAGCACCCAAGAGUAUGUCGAUUUUAUUCGCCGAAAUCGUGGAAUGCAAGAGCACAAAUCCAAGGGAAAAUUGCUGGUUCUUCUUCUUUGUGUUUUCAUUCUAAUUGAAGGUCCCUAUAUAGCACUCUGUUCGGUUUACGAGAUUUAUAAUAGUCAGGAAAUGAAAACAGAAGGUAUGGACAUCCCACAAGACGCCGAUACCCUCAUUACAUGGCUAAAAUUUGUGUUCCCGCUUAUAUGCCCGAUAAUCAUGCUAUCAUGGUGCAACGAUAUUUGGCUUAAAGUGAAAGAGGUUAUGUGCUGCACCUCGUAUGAUCCGCCGACUAUCGGACACUACGUUCCAUUCAGAAUGACAGAUGAAGUUUCGCCGGUUCCCAGUGUUAUGACGAUUGUGGCCACCGAUGAUGGUAUUAGUAUCAAUGAAGACUCAAAUCCUCGAAGCUAUACCAGAAGCAAUCUGGCUACAGGAGUUACACAUUCAGCAGCGCCAAGAGAAGUUGAAAACCCAAUCUCAUCAACGAAUGGAGCUCCGCGGCCGGCAACACCAAAACCACCAUCACAGCCAGCGCCAGUGCAGCAAUCGCCGCCGGAAAACCAGGCGACACCAAAGCCCACUAAAAAAAGUUUAAUUCCAAAGCCCAAAGCAAAAAAACCUUCGAAGAUGGUCAUAAGGAAAAAGGUUAUUGCGACAAAAUGA